CGGAGACACUGCGUAACGUCAAACCGUGAUGUUAGCCAGUUAGCUCGCGUUAGCAUGCACGGCUACUUUAACGGCGGAUAGAGUCGAACUAACGCCAGUGUUUUCCACCAGUGUACGGGGCACAGAGCUGCAGUAAAAGAAGAGGGAGGGGGGUUUUAAAGCGAGAUGACAUGAAACGAUGGGAAGUUUUAUUUUAAUUCUAAGAUGAUUUAAGAGUCUAGCAGACUUAGCCCGCUAGCGUGUUGUCAGGCUAAGGUCAAGAAGCUGGCCAGUCUGACAGCUAACGCUAACUAACAUGGUACCUAAGAGUCUCUAAACGUGUUACAUGGCAGCUAGUCACAUAAUAACACUGCCGCUACUUAACAGUAGCACUGCCUAACAGGUUAACACUGGAACAUGGGCUGGGAUCUUUUUCAGUAUUAUGAGGAAGUGGUGACCCUACCUAACUGACACCCUGCUGCUGUUGCCCACCCCCCAGCUCUGCCCCCCAACCCCCUGUCCUGAUUGGGUCUCCGUGCUGCCGGCGGUGGAUUGGAGCACUCUGAUUGGAGGCUUUGCGAGGUGGUUUUUCGGUCUGGCGCCGCCUCCCCCCGGGGCCGGCGUGCGCUCCCAGCAGCCCGUGGUGCCCUGUGCCCCCCCCUCCCCGUCACUGCACACCAGAUCCCAUGCCCAGGGAGGAGGCGCAGUGCGUCCGCCAGGAGCCAUGUGCCUCCCUCACACCAACAACAUGGACAGCAAGCUACAGGGGGCGGGGCAGGGGGGAGGGGCUUCACUACGACCACAAGGAGGAGGCGUUCCGCUGGAGCCCUUCAUACACCAGGUGGGGGGUCACACCAGUAUGAUGCGUUAUGAUGACCACACAGUGUGUAAGCCUCUGAUCAGCAGAGAGCAGCGCUUCUACGAGUCUCUGCCUCCAGAGAUGAAGGAGUUCACUCCGGAGUAUAAAGGUGUGGUGCUGGUUUGUUUCGAAGGCGAUUCUGACGGCUACAUCAACCUGGUGGCCUACCCCUACGUGGAGAGCAACAUGGAGGGAGGGACCGCAGAGCACGAGGAGCGUGAACCCCCCGAGAGGGAGCAGCCGAGGAGGAAACACUCCCGCCGCAGCCUCCAUCGCUCCUCCUCCUCCUCUGAACACAAGGAGGAGCGGCCCGACAGGAGGGAGCCGCACGACACCGAGACCUCUGAUAAUCUUGGAGAGCUGAAGAGUCCCAGGCUCGACCCAAAGAUCCACUCAGACGUUCCCUUCCAGAUGUUGGAUUGGAACAGUGGUUUGACAUUAGAGAAGAUCAGCCAUAAUCCCUGGAGCCUCCGCUGUCACAAACAGCAGCUCAGCCGCAUGAGGUCAGAGUCCAAGGACCGCAAACUCUUCAAGUUCCUGUUGUUGGAGAACGUGGUUCACCACUUCUCUUACCCCUGCAUCCUGGACCUGAAGAUGGGCACCAGGCAGCACGGAGACGACGCCUCCGAGGAGAAGGCGGCCAGGCAGAUGAAGAAAUGUGAACAGAGCACUUCAGCGACGCUGGGAGUCAGAGUGUGUGGCAUGCAGGUGUACCAGCUGAACACCGGUCACUACCUCUGCAGGAACAAGUACUACGGCCGCGGCCUGUCGAUCGAAGGUUUCCGCCAGGCCCUCUACCAGUACAUGCACAACGGAAAGGGCCUGAGGCUGGACCUCUUUGAGUCAAUCCUGAAUAAGCUUCGCAGCCUGAAGGCGGUGCUGGAGAGACAGGCGUCCUAUCGCUUCUACUCGUCUUCGCUGCUCAUCAUCUAUGAGGGAAAGGAAUCUGAGGGCCCCUCAGUCCUCAGCUCUGGGCAGCAUGCGGCCUGGCAGCAGAAGACUCCUGUGGCCCCUGCAGAGCCCCACUGUGGUCCCGGGCCCCACGCUCCUCUGGCCUCCUGUGAAACGGACAAGAGCCAGAACCCAGACCCGGGGUCACUGUCCUCUCAGGGACCUGGACUGAUGGCUCCACCCUCCCCUCAUCCUCCCCCACAGGCCCCGCCCACCAAGUCAGACUGCCACUCCUUCCUUCCCCCUCCCCCCUCGCCUCACUCACAUCAAGACUCCUCCUUCCCCCCUCCACCCGCCCCCCCACCCAACCAGCCCCCCGUGGUGGACGUUCGAAUGAUCGACUUCGCCCACUCCACCUUUAAGGGUUUCCGCGGCGACACAGCAGUGCACGACGGGCCAGACCGGGGCUAUGUGUUUGGACUAGAGAGCCUGGUCCAGAUCCUGGAGAGCCUGCGGGACGACAACCUGCCAUAGCUCCAAAUACACACACACACACAUACACACAUACACACACGCACACACAGCUUGCUGAGAGUUAGUUUGGGUCGUGCUGCUGAGAUGCCUCAGCUGUAAAUAUGGAACAGGGUUCUCUAAGACGUCACCAUGGAAACAUGGGCAUUCUACAGUCGAGUAGUUACUAUAGCAACAGGCAGGAGGUGGGACAGUGGAGCUGAAAUGGAAAACCUCUGCACAGCACAUACACUGGUUUGCGUGUCUAUACUUGUGAGGACCCUCACUGACAUAAUGCCGUCCCUUAACUUUAACCUUGACCAUCAAGGUUAAAAAAAAAUUACCCACAUGAUGCUCUGGAUGGGACUGAAAUCACGGACAGGUGAUGUUAAAAUCACCCCACCGCACCUCGAGAAAUAAAUCCAAUCCAAAGAAGACUUUACUCACUGUUUCUUCACUGAAGUGUUUGACAUUAGAAGCUGAUUUAAUAUUCAAGCGUCUCCCUGUUCAGCUUUAAUCUGAGUUUUUCACAUGUAGUGAUUUCGUAACAUCACAACUAGUUUGAAAGUCAAUCGUGGUCCAACGAAGAGAACUCCUAGUGUGAUAUGGAAACUUGAAGCCUCCAGCUCAUAAACAGAGUAACAGAGUAGACGUUUCAGUGAAGAAGGAGACAUCUUGUGUCCAGCAGUUAAACUUUUGCAAUGAAAAAAUAUUUUGAUGUUCCCUCCUCAGCAGAUGAAUGUGAAAACAACCGUCCAGUGUCAAACUCUGCACAGUGAAGCUCACACAUCCAUGUUAAGUAACAAUGAGCAAAACACAUGGAUGAGUGAGGAGGACUUGAAUCAUAACACCAGAUCAAACUUUGAAGGAUGUGAGGUCCUGGAAAGAUGUCCUCACUUAGCAAAAAUGUCCUCACUCACGAGGUCUGAAAUUCAAAUCGGUCCUCACAAAGAUAGACAAACAAGAACACACACACACAUAUCCUGGGAACAGUUGUCUGUGGACCUGUUUGACAGCACCAUGGAACAGAGCGUCCUUUCUGAACGACCAAUCAGCUGAAUCCCAGGGACCGCCCACUGAAGUUGGCCCACACUCUCUUUACUCACCCCCUGACGUCCCCCGCCACUCCGCUCCUCCUCACUCCUCUCAGUAAACCAAACCUGGACAGGUGAACUGGCUCUUUUAGCGUUACCUUGAAAACGCACUCAGAAACACAUCCAAGCAUCUGUGAAAGCAAUAGGUGGCGAUGAUGGACGGCAACUUUUUUUCUUCGGCAGUGCAGAGGGCAGCGUCGCCCGCAGGGAAACGGUAUUAAAGUGCAACAAAAAUUUGCAUCAUAGAAGUAGGCUUUAAGGAGAGAAUAUAGAUAAUUUUUUGAAACGCUAUAUGUCCAUUUUUGGGGCUUAAUUCAAAAACGCUAGUAGUGAGUGUCCUGUAAAAAUCAUCCUCUGGGUUAUUGUGAUAAUAUCAGAAGCGUAAGUGUCCGUUUCCCAAAUGUGGUCUGGUGAUAUUCUGUAUUUUUCAUCUGGUCAACAAAUCCCAUGAAAAUACUGAAACCAACAGUGACUUCAUCCAACAAACAGACGCCGUCUGCAUAUAAAAGCCUGAUAUAUCUUAUUCCUCUGUGCCAUAUGGCUCUGCUGUUCUCAAAACAACACACACGUAGUUUAUUUUGACUCAAUCCCACAUGUGCCGUCCUGCAGCUGGAAAUACUCACUAGAGCGUCAAAUGUGUGUUAAUCCGCUGUUGAAAAUAGUCCCCAACCAGUGUACUAUUUCCUCAUGUUUGAGUAACAUUUACUACAGUGGCCAACUGAUUUGGGAAAAUACUGAGCUUUUUUAAAAAAUAUAAAACUGUAUAUUUGUGAGACUUAAAGUUCUUCUAAAUAUACAGAUCAUAUAUAUAUAUAUAUAUAUAUAUAUGUAUAUAUGAGAGACAGUAGAGAGAUGAUUGUAAACAACAUCUCCAGCCGGACUUUGUCUGCGGACUUAGCGCUUCAUGGUCAGAGGUUUAAUCCCCGAGCUCUGAAAGUUCACUCUCGACCUUGGAAACAGAGUCUGUCGGCAGUCAACAAUAAUCCUCUUACAGCGUCCAUUUAGUGGCUGUUCUGGAGCUUUCAAUCUGCCUCUGCUGGUGGAGCUGCUCAGUUCUCAUGGGAUUGAUUAUAUAUGUUCAAAUUUCCAUUUUAAAAAAAAAUGCUUAAAUGACACGUUGACUUUUAAAGAUCAAAAGCACCAGAUCAGCUGCUAUUAAUAGUUUGUGGCAACAUUUAAGAAUGUGUAUUGGGAUUGCUUUGUCAACUACGUAUUUGUUCCAUGAGAUGAUUUAACACAUUGUUGGCUUUGGUCUUUUCAUGGGAUUUGAGGACAGUAACAAAAAUAUGGAGUAGUAUCAGCCUUAUUCUUUACAUUAGGGCUGGGUGACAUGGUUGGAUAACAAAAUAAGAACAAUAAACGGGUCCAAAAUCACACAAAACAAUCAAAUUUAUGUACCUUGAAAUAAACUAUGUUCCACUAUUAUUAUUCAAAUCAGAAAAAAAAACAUUUCACUUGAACUAAUUUCCCAGGUUUUUAAGUAUAAUUCUCUUGGAAUCAUUAAUGCGGUCCCACAGAGACCUGUAGUGUCACCCAGCCCUGCCUCAAAUGUGUCCCACAUGUGGACACACAAAAAAAAAGAAAUAACACAACUCAUCGUCCUGUAAGUGUCAGCAGAGUUGGUCACAGUGUCUCCACUGAGGAUGUCACCGUUUUAUCUCAUCCGAUCGGUCCGAUUAGACGGUGUCAGCCAAUCACACUUCGACAGGUUCCAGAGGCCGGCCGUGAUGCUGCACCGCCCCCUGCUGGACAGCAACAGGAACUCAACCCCAGGAGCUGGAAUAAGAGAGAGCAAAUAUGAAUAUUUUAUUUUUGGUUUAUUGAGGUGAUAAUUUAUUUUUUUAUUGUACCUUUACCCAUACGUGUGGGUAAAUGUUUUGUCUUUUACAUGUCUCUUCCCCCUCUAUAUGUAUAAAUUAUAAAGAAAUUAAGCGCAUCAAAGACACAGAGUGUGAAAUGUCAGGAGUAUAAGCAGUAUCAGUAUUAGAGCUACCUCGAGUCUGAUUUGCUGCUGAGGAAACCGAAGCAGCAAAUCCAGACUUGAGUCAGUUCCCUGAGCCUAAC